AUGAGUGACGACGAACUUGUUGUUGAGAAAGAGGUAGGAAUUGCUCAGGCACCAGGUGAAAGCCGUCAGGAAGAUCGCCGUGUUGAAAAUGUUACAAUUAUUCCAGAGCAUGAUCCAGAUUUUCAAGAAGAAGCGAUGUUAGAUGAAUUGGAGCCAUUUAUAUCAGGUGGCAAGCAAGCAAAGAUCAAAGUUACUCUUUCAACAUACGAAGAGGAAGAAGGUGCAGUCAAAUUUGCACAUGCAUUAGAACAAUUAAUUCCUAACUGCGAAUAUCAUCCAAGAGAAGGAGAACCAUUCGAUUUAACACGUUCUAGAGCAUAUGAAGAAGGUUUUACAGAUCUUUUAACAUUAAUUCCACAUGAAGAUACAGUUUUCUCAAUGAUUCACGUUCAUCUUCCUAAUGGCCCAUGCGCACACUGGCGUCUUACAAAGAUAAAGCUUCCAGAAGAAAUCGGCGGACAUCCAAAGAAACUUCCAACUUCAUAUCCAGAAAUUAUCCUCAAAAGAUUUACUACAUCCCUUGGAAAGCAAUGCGGAAGAAUGCUUAGAGCAUUGUUCCCUGCUAACCCUCAAUUUGAAGGCAGACGCGUUGUUACUUUCCACCAACAAAGAGAUUUUGUUUUCUGCCGUUCAUAUCAGUAUUUAUUCGAGAGCGCUGAUAAAGUUAAAACUGUCGAGAUUGGUCCGAGAUUUACUCUUAGAUUGCUUUGGAUGCAAGAAGGCCCUUAUAAUCCUGCAUCUGGUCAAUAUACAUUUUAUAGAAGAAUUAGAAAUGAUACUACAAGAAGAACCUGGUGGCUCUAA